AUGAGAUCUGCUCAACUUGCUCAACAGGCUCAACAACAGCAAUUUGCUCAAACUCAAACAUCUGGAGGAGCCGUUUCUCCAUAUUCUCCAUACUAUCAUUAUCCAUACUAUCAGGCAUCCGCUGUACCUUCCACAGAAGGAAUUUCACUAGUUCCUGCAGGCUCAUACAAUCCCUACCUGCACUACGCCCCAUUCCGAACAGCUGUGUCAUCGGCAGCAGCCGCAAACCCAACUUUCAUGGCUACCCCAACAGCUCAAGGUAGAUCAAUGACCGCAUUUGGCCAGUACUCACCAUACUUCACUGGAAUGCAACAACAGUUGCAAGCUAAGAAUAAGAAGAAAUCUUGA